ACAUACAUAUUUUUUAGUUACGAGAAGUGAUGUAUAUUACGCCAACGGUAUAGCAAACUGGCGCCAAGGCUUAUCUGUUAUUAUAACUGGAUGUGCAGAACUUUGUGUGUGUGUGUGUGUGUGAGAGAGAGAGAGAGAGAGAGAGAGAGUUAGAGAGAGGCGAAAGCAACAUUCGCAGCCAUGUCCCAUUCUCUCUCAUCCUUCGCAUUCUCUCUCUACAAACACAAGCCGUUCAAUCCGGAAUUGCUGUCGAGAUCCGGUGGAUUUCUUGUUCGAGCUUCGUCAUCAGCUGCUCCGGGUAUCGAUUUUUCCACCCUCGAAUCCGCCAUUGCUAAGAAAGAUAGUGAUGGAGUGAGAGAGGCACUUGAUCAGUUGAGGGAAAUUGGAUGGGCCAAAAAAUGGAGUUCUCAACCAUAUAUAUCGCGUCGUACAACAUCUCUCCGAGAGCUGACAACUUUAGGUCUGAAGAACGCGGAGGAGCUUGCUAUACCUAGCACCAGAAACGACGCAGCUUUUCUCUUUACUGUGGUUGGCUCAACUGGAUUUUUGGGUAUUCUUGCAGGCCAGCUUCCUGGGGAUUGGGGCUUCUUUGUGCCAUACUUGGUCGGGAGCAUUUCCUUGGUAGUUCUCGCUAUAGGGAGCAUCUCCCCGGGGCUGCUUCAGGCUGCAAUCGGAGGAUUUUCUUCAUUCUUCCCAGAUUACAAGGAGAGGAUUGCUAGACAUGAAGCAGCUCAUUUCUUAGUUGCAUACUUACUCGGCCUUCCCAUCCUCGGAUAUUCACUGGACAUCGGAAAAGAGAAUGUCAAUCUCAUCGAUGAGAGGCUUGAGAAGCUUAUUUACAGUGGACAGCUCGAUGCCAAGGAACUAGACAGGUUGGCAGUCGUAGCAAUGGCUGGACUGGCUGCAGAAGGUCUACAAUACGACAAAGUGGUUGGACAGUCAGCCGAUCUUUUCACCCUGCAGAGGUUUAUAAACAGGUCUAAGCCACAGCUGAGCAAAGAUCAGCAGCAGAACCUGACGCGAUGGGCGGUUUUGUUUGCUGCAUCUUUGAUAAAGAACAAUGGAGCUAUGCAUGAAGCUCUGAUGGCAGCGAUGUCGAACAAGGCAACAGUUGUUGAAUGCAUAGAAGCAAUUGAGAAGGCUGAGUGAGUGAAUACAGCUAUGAUUUUUUUAUCGCACGAAAAAAUAGUGUUUGUAUGUAAAUAUCAUAUGAUAUCCAACUACAGUUUUGUCGGAUCUCGAGUGUUUGACCCGACCCUGUUUCGUGUAUUCUCUUUGGUAGUCGAAAAUGUCGAUGAAAUCGAAUCUUGUAGGGAAAUUCGUGAUAUCUCAAAAUGACAAAAUCUUUGUUUACAGAGGCAAA